AUGAAUCAGUUCAAGCACCAAGACAACCCCAUGGGGAAAGUACCCGUGUUCAACGGAGUCAACAUGCGCUACAGUGUGUGGGCCAUGAGAGUCCGAAACUACAUGUUGGAGAGAGACUGCUGGCUGGCAGUAUCAGAAGGAGACAACGAUGAAGAGUACGAGCGGAUGAUACGGAGCCUCAGUGAAAGCCAGCAAGCCCAGUACAGGCAGAUGUAUGGAAGGGCCAUGGGUAUCAUCGGCAACGCAGUAGGCGGAGCACUUACCAAGAUCGUGUCAGGGCCGACCAUUCGCGGAGACCCACGCAAGGCAUGGUUCGCUCUCAAGCAACUGUACGACCGCCGAGACGACGAGGAGAUCUCCAGACUCAGUGCAAGCAUCUUCGCGAGGACCUGGGGCAAGGACGACAACGUGCAGACAGUCAUGGGCGAUGUCAUCGACGCGUAUGACGAAAUCACAGCAGCACAAGGAGUACUGAGCGAGUCCAUGGUGGUGAAUCACGUCCUCAACAUCCUCCCAGACAAGUACAGGAACGUAGCGCAGAUCAUCCGCGUUACCCAGAGACAGCUCGACCUGAGAGAACUCCUGAAGAUGCUUCUAUUGGAACAAGCGAGGGCAAGGACGAAGACGCAGUCACAGCAUCAACCACUCAUCGCCUACGCACAGAAAGGCGAUGCCAGGAAGGAUAAGAGACGAUGCUGGAACUGCGAUAAACCAGGCCACCUCAGCAAGGACUGCAGAUCAAGAAAGAAGAAAACCCCCGGGCACGGACGAAAACCACGCAGAGACCAAGACAGGACAAGGCAGUACCGGCAUGAGAAGACCUUCAAACUGGCAGAGACAGCACAUGUGACGUCCACAGCAGCGGCAGGAGACAACGGGUGGCUGGUGGACAGUGGUGCGACAACACACGUCUCAUCAGUACGUGACGAUUUUCUCACCUUGAGUGAAGAAUCCGUCGACGUAACCCUGGCAGAUGGGUCAACGGUUACAGCAACGGGCCGUGGUACAGUGAGACUGCAGACCAGCGCAGGGGCAGUGACGAUGACAGAUGUCCUGUACCUGCCCCGUGGGCAGGCACGCAUUAUCAGCAUGGGUAAAAUCAUGGAGAAAGGAAACGACGUUUACAGCAAGGCAGGGUCGCUGUACAUCACCUUUCCCGAUCGAACGCAGAUACAGCUCCAGAAGAGGGAUGAGCUGUACUUUCUGCCUCAGACGACAACAUCAGCGACAACCGCUGCAGCAGUCCAGGAGAACACGGCGACAUCAGCAACAACGGCCACAGCAAUCCAUGAGAAUAUGGGACACAGGGCAUGUGAUCCCUGCAUCAAGGGAAAGAUGCGGAACGCCAACAGCAAGAAGUUCUCCGGCAACAGCAACAACAGCUACAAGCCAGGUGAAAUGCUGUGUGCAGACCUGACAGGACCACACCCUCCUACGCUUACCGGCGGCAGAUUUGCGGUCGUGCUCCUUGACGUCGCAACCCAGUACAGCAGCGUCGGACUCAUGGCAACGAAGAAGGACCUGGCCAACACCUUGGACAGCAUGCUGAUGACAUUGCCCCGGGCAAUGGGCAUAGGACACAGAGUGAACACACUGAAGACGGACAACGAGCCACUUUUCUCGACACCUGCUAUGCUGAAAGUGCUACACAAGCACAAACUCGACAUGCGGCAUUCUCCCCCGUACCGACCAGAGAAGAACGGAGACGUCGAACGGCACAUCCAGACUCUCACGUCCACAGCACGCACCCUGCUGAUCGACGCGCGCCUUCCGACCGAGUUUUGGGGCUGUGCCCUUCUGCACGCGUCCCAUGUGCACAAUCACCUGAAGCCACUCCAGCGGCUGAAACUACAUCCAGUGGUGCAAGACAUGAAGCAGUUCGGCGUCACGGCGUACGUCAGAGAUCGCAACGGUGACAAAUGGAGGCCAAGAACAUGGACCGGCAUCUACGUCGGGUUCAACCCACAGUGCAGGGCACACAAGAUCUACAACCCCGAGUCACACAACGUCAUCAGCACUUACGACGUUCGCUUCCUGACAAUGGAAGAAUCCUGGUUAAGGCCCGUUCUUCACCAGAGGGAAGACUUUUUGCCUCCCUCUCUGGACCUGGCACAAAGGCCGUUACCAUCAACCACAACAACGACCACGCAUGAGCCAGUGAUGACGCAGCAACAACAGACGCAUGAGCCAGUGAUGACGCAGCAACAACGGAUGCAUCAGCCAGUGCAGAUACAACGACAACCUCAACGAGAGAAGCAGAAGCAGGCUCGUCGGGUGAGGAAGCAACCACAACAGCAAACAACGCACCGAAAGCAGACGUCACCAGUCCAGUCGCUGCCACCGCAGCAGACGACACCAGUCCAGGCGCUGCCACCGCAGCAGACGACACCAGUCCAGUCGCUGCCACCACAGCAGACGUCAGUCCAGACUCUGCCAACGCAGCACAAACAGGCGUCAGAACCACCACAGCAGCUGACACAAACGACGCAGCCACCACAGCAGGUGCAGCACAUGACGCAGCCACCACAGCAGGUGCAGCACAUGACGCCAACAACGUCCGACCAAGGGCCGCGCAGGUCCGCACGAAUUCGCGCGCAGCAGCAGAAGACGACUGCAGCCAAAGCAACAGCAGCUCAGGCGCGCGCGGGGUUCGAAGAGGCGGAGAGAAGUGAGAUGGACAGCCUGAGAAGACAUGGCGUCCUAGAACGUGUUGAGGAGAAGGGAUGUUGCGGUUAUGACACGACAGCACAAUUGUCUGACCUAGAAAAAGGUCAACAGUUUCCGACAGCACAAAUUGUGACCUACGUCGAUGCCUCCUUUGCCAUGGACGCGGGCCGGCGCUCGCGCUCCGGCAUCGUCAUCUGCGUCAACAACAUGCCUGUGUAUUGGCGCUCCAGCAAGCAGACGAUCACGGCACUCUCCGCAGCAGAAGCUGAAUACUCUGCUAUCACCGAGGGCAUCAAGCACACCAUUCACGUGAGAGACCAGCUUGACGAAAUGAUGAUCAAGCACAGCACUCCAGUCAUCCUCACCGAUUCGAUGUCUGCCAUACACAUGGCAAACUCCGACAAGAUUCAGGAACGCACCAAGCACUUGGGCAUACGCAUGCAGUUCACACGCGACCACGUACGGAAGCAGACCGUCGAGCUGCAGCACGUGCCCUCUGGUGACCAAGUCGCUGACAUGCUGACCAAACCCUUGCACAAGGGUGCGUUCCACCGACUGGUGCAGAAGAUUAUGCAUCACGAAUGAACCAACCACCACGAUCAAGAUUCUCCCAAGGCGCAUCCAUUCAGGAGGGUGUGUCAGCGGAAAUUCCCGAUGACAUGUUUGUGUGUAUGAGUGAGUGUGAACGAAUGCGUUGUCUUGACGUGUGGGAACACCAUGAUUUCACCAUGGUCUGACUUUGUGAAAGACCCUCUUUGUUUGUCCCUCUAUCAGGUGAUCUCCUGAUACACAAUGUGUGAAUGUACACGUGUCACUUUAAUAGUGUAUACGUGUACCCUCUUCCUCUAUCAUAUGCGUGAUAUGUACUGCAUGGUGUUCAUUCUCUUCUGUCCCCGAUUCCAACGACACCACUGCGUGGGUUGUCUACCAAGGUUUACUUCAGCUGUGAAAGCUCUCAAUACAAGUCUCAGGGAAAACGC